AUGCACGAAAAGGUGCGAGUAACCCAUGUGAUCUUUGAUCUUGAUGGCCUUCUUAUUAACUCUGAACAGAUAUAUACAAAUCAGCUGUCCAAGUUUCUAUCAAGACAUGGCAAGGAAUACACCUAUAGAGUGAAACGCCUUAUGAUGGGACGCACGCCCAUGGAGGCCGCAAAUAUAAUGUGUAAAGAAUAUGAUCUCCCUAUGGCACCCAGUGAAGUCCUUGAAGAUUAUCAGAAGGAGCUCCCUCUCGAAAUUUGGCACACUGCUACACUGAUGCCUGGUGUGCAUAGAUUAAUAGAAUAUCUCAGUCAGAAUUCUAUCCCAAUGGCAGUUGCCUCUGGCUCAACAUCGCAACAGGUUCCACACAAAAUGUGGAAUCACAGGGAAGUGUGGCAGCAUAUCAGCCACGUUGUCACAGCUGGUGACGACCCAGAGGUUUUGAGAGGCAAGCCCGCACCGGACGUCUUUCAGGUGGCAUUGAAGCGAUUCAACGACCCUUCGGCGCGUGAGGAAUCGACACUGGUCUUCGAAGACGCCUGGAACGGCGUGCAGGCCGGCUUGGCCGCAGGCAUGUUCGUGGUGUGGGUGCCAGACGCUAUCGAGGAUCCUGGCUUCCCCACCGAUUCCAGACUUACUGAGGAAGAGAAGACCCGCAUCGUUCGACUCAAUAGUCUCGAGGAGUUCGAUCCCUCUCGCUUUGGUCUACCCCCUUACUAG